CUGUGGGUCGGUCAGUACCGUGAUUUAGUGCGCAGCAUCCUCCGCACCAGCCCCAGCUCCUUUCCAGCUCCUCUCCAUCAUCAGCCUCUUAUUGACCUUCGCAGCAUCCGGCUCAUUUGUGUCUGGUUGCUGUUUGUUUCUUUCCUUUGGCGCUGCGUUUCUUUCUGUUGUGUUGAAAGGCGUACAGCUGCACUGGCGUCACUGCAGAUUGUUGGGGGACAGCUCAUGUCUACUACAAUGGCGAAAACAACUGCAUCAUCUGCAAACCAAGAUUUGUUGGGGUUAGAGCAGAAGAUGGCACCACCCUCAGUCUCUCUUCUUGAAAAGAAAUCUCCAACAAAUGGUCACAGCUCCCCAGCCCGAACUGGCAAAACUACUCCCUCAAACACAGAGAAGAAGCCACAAAUAAAUGGUCAUGCAUCCCCUUUACAUGUUCAAGUGAACAGCACUAACAAAACAAUGCCAGAGGGUUAUAUGAAGACUGACGACAGGGUACGUUUGGCCAAGGAAAGGCGUGAAGAAAGAGAGAGAAGUCUUGUGGCCCGAGAGCAGAUGAUUAAAGAGAAAGAACGGCGUGCACAACUGCAGUAUGAGCGCACACUGGAGGAGCGAUGUCGACGUCUGGAGGAGCAGAGGCUGAGGGAGGAGCAGCGCCGAGCCGCAGUGGAGGAGAAAAGAAGGCAGCAGCUCGAGGAGGAGAGGGAGAGACUUGAGGCACGAAUAAAGAGGUCUCUGGAACGCAGUCUUCAGCUGGAGCAGAGGAGUAGACGAUGGGGCAGAGGAUACCCAGGCGCAGGUGACUGUGAGAAUGCUUCUCUCCCCUCCGCUGCCUCCGCCUUUCCCCAUGGCAUUGCCUCCCCUAUUCCUGCUGUCAGCGAAUCUGCGCCCUGCAGCCCGCACAGGUCCCCGUACCGCAUGGAUCACAGUAGAGUAGUUCUACAAGGAGGCUCUCAGUCCACCCCGAACACCCCUAAAAAACAGCGCUUGCAGAAAUAUAGAAAUGCCUCUCCAGGUUAUGGUUCCCCUUUGAGGAGGUCUGAAUCUCCAGCUGCAGUCAAACACACAACUUCUCGUACAUCCAAUGUUGUAUCAAAGAUGCGUACUCAUUCACCCAACACCUUACACCAAAACCAAAACUCUCCAGUAAGACAAAAUGCAAAUACCUCAAAGGGCGUCAAGAAAGCAGAAGAGGUGAAGGAAAAACACAACAAACUCUCCAAAAAUGAAAGUCCUCAGAGGACUGUUCAAGCUGAAAGAAGCAAUGCUGAUCCCAAAAGUAAAGGUGGGCCUCAGGGAGUAAAAGUGAACAUGACUGAAAAGUACCACUCUCCUGAAAGUAAAAGCAAAGGAGGUCACCCAAAUGUCCAGGAAGCAGACAAGAAUAAAGAUACUGUCCCGAGCACAUCUUCUGGGAAGGUGGUUACGGGUACGACCAGUGAGGAGGAGGCCACGAGACUGUUAGCUGAACGUCGGCGCCUGGCUCGAGUUCUGAAGGAACAGGAGGAGAAGAAGAAAGCACAAGAGGAAGAAGAAAGACUGAAAAAGGAACCAGAGAAGAAACCAAUUGCACAGCAACAACAGGAAGCAAAAGUUGAAGCACAAAAAGAAGAUAUUAAAAAAGUAGAAAAUCUGAAAAAUGCAAAUCAAAUAAAUGGGGAAAAAGAGCACGUGAUGCAAAAUGGCAAAGAGGAAAAGGCCAAAGCACUGACACCUGAAGAGACAGGACAGCAACAACAAGAACGAGAGCUUCAGAAGCAACAAGAAGAGGAGGAGAGACAGCUGCGCAAAAAGAGAAUUGAAGAAAUAAUGAAGCGAACCCGGAAAGGGGAAGGGGACUUGAAGGUGGAGGAGAGUGCCGGGGCAGACACAGGGGAAAUACAAGUCAGUGUUGAUGGUAAGGGGAUGGAGCAAACAGAACAAAAGGUUGAGGUGCAAAUCAAAAGUGAAGUUGUUAGCACUCUGUUGAAGAAAGAAGGACUGACCACUGAUCAAAAGGAAAACUCCAAAAGUGAGGAUAUCUUAAAAGCAGAUAUCCAAAAGCCAGAAGAGACCCAGCAGUGCAGUGACAACAAGAAAUGUACACCAAAGAAAGGCAUGGAUCAAUGUAAGCAGAGCAAUGCAAGUAUUAAAAUGGCAAACCAAAUAAACAAGGCAGUUAAAAGAGAAAGCAGUGGGGAGCUGGUGAAGAGAGUCGUGAAAAGUGAGACUAAUCAUGUGACCACAGAAGUUAGCAGACACCAAACUCUGCAUGUGUCAAAGACUGAGGUCAACGGGGCAUCCCAGAACCAAGUGACUAAACCCUUGGUGACCCCCCUCCCUUUGGGACACCUUACUCCCCCCAUCAUCAAACUCGCACCUCUGGAUGUAUCCGGGACAAACUCUGGGGAUGAGGUGCAAUCAAUGGAAGUCAGUCCAGUGUCAAAAGAAGAACUCAUCUCAAUCCCAGAGUUUUCUCCAGUAAAUGACGAUCCAAACAGUGGCUUGAGUAACAGCAAGGCCCUUGAAGACUUGAUGGAUCUGACAGGAAGUGUGAACCCGCGGCUCUCCCCUCAAAACCACAUUGGGGACUGUAACCAAAAUCUUAUCCAAGGUGUGGUCAGCCCAAUGUCUGAUUCAAAACUCAUCAGGAAGUCACCUCCAUCCCCAAAUAAACUCACUGUUAAGUAACUGACAUGCUUGCUUUCCCACUGUGCCCAUCUAUAAACAUUUGGACACUGUGUUACUUUCUUAAGGAAUUGAGCCAUACUGGUUGGUGUUGAACUAUCAACUGUAACUUGCAAAAUGUCACAAAUACUCUAGAAGAAAAGAAUAUCUUGAAAUUGAACAAAAAAUAUUUGUUCAAAUAUUUAAAAUAGUCAGGGAAAGGACAGA